AUGCCGGCGGUCGAGCAGCCAUCCGCCAACGGCGUCGACGGCCACGACGGCCAUGUCCCUAGCAGCAACGGCCGUGGCAACCGCCACACGGCGAGGACACCCAGCACGACGGGUCUGUCGCUGACAGAGUACAGCGCAAACCCAGCCUCGCCCGACACCUCACCGCCGCCGCCAGAGGGGGCAAAUGCUCGUAUCAGGAAGAUCGUGCCGCCAGAGUUCAUGCUCCCCAGCGGCCACCCGGACUACCUGCGGCUCAUCCUGACCUCCAAGGUCUACGAGGCCUGCCAGGAGACCUCGCUGGCCCCUGCAGUGAACCUCAGCAACCGUCUCGAGUGCAAUGUCCUGCUCAAGCGCGAGGACGAGCACCCUGUCUUCAGCUUCAAGCUGCGCGGCGCCUACAACAAGAUGGCUCACCUCGAGCCCGCCCGCAGCUGGAGGGGCGUCAUCUGCUGCAGCGCCGGCAACCACGCCCAGGGCGUCGCCUACUCGGCCCGCAAGCUCAAGAUCCCCGCCACCAUCGUCAUGCCCGAGGGCACUCCGAGCAUCAAGCACCUCAACGUCUCCCGCCUGGGUGGCCACGUCGUCCUGCACGGCCCCGACUUCGACGCCGCCAAGGAGGAGUGCGCACGCAGGGAACAACAGGACGGCCUCAUCAACAUCCCUCCUUUCGACGACCCCUAUGUCAUUGCUGGCCAGGGCACCAUCGGCAUGGAGCUGCUCCGCCAGACGAAUCUGCAGAAGCUCGAGGCCAUCUUCUGCUGCGUCGGCGGUGGCGGCCUCCUGGCCGGCGUUGGUGUCUACGUCAAGCGCAUCGCCCCUCACGUCAAGGUCAUCGGGGUUGAGACCCAUGACGCCGAUGCCCUGACGAGGUCGCUGGCCAAGGGGGAACGGGUUGUGCUCGACCAGGUCGGCCUUUUUGCAGACGGCGCCGCUGUCAAGCAGGUUGGCGAGGAGACCUUCCGCAUCUGCCAGGAGGUCGUCGACGAGGUCGUCCUGGUCUCCACCGACGAGACUUGCGCCGCCAUCAAGGAUGUCUUCGAGGACACGCGGUCUAUUGUCGAACCCGCUGGUGCUCUGGCCGUGGCCGGCUUGAAGAAGUGGGUCGCCUCCCACCCCUCAACCGACCCGGCCCGGUCGCUCGUUGCCGUCACCAGUGGUGCAAACAUGAACUUCGACCGCCUCCGCUUCGUGGCCGAGCGAGCUGAUGUCGGCGCGGGCAAGGAGGUCCUGCUGGCCUGCCGCAUUCCCGAGAAGCCGAGGUCUUUCGCCAAGCUCAUCAGUGCCAUCCUCCCCCAUGCCGUCACCGAGUUCAGCUACCGCUACGCUGCGUCCUCGGGUGCCAACGUGCUGCUCGGCCUUAGCCUGACGGCGUCGGCAUCUCAGCGGACACAGGAGCUGCAGGGCCUCUUGCACCGCAUCGACUCUAUCAGCAGCCAAGAGAACGGCCACUUCUCCGUCACCGACCUCUCUGGGGACGAGCUUGCCAAGAGUCAUAUUCGGUACUUGGUGGGUGGCAUCUCCAAUGUGCCGGACGAGCGCCUGUACAUGUUCAAUUUCCCAGAGAGACCAGGAGCCCUCGACAAGUUCCUGAACACCCUGCGACCCAAACACAACAUUAGCCUGUUCCAAUACCGUAAUUCCGGUGGUAACAUUGCCAAGAUUCUGGCUGGCAUUCUCUGCCCUGACCAGGAGGUCGGGGAACUCGAGAAGUUCCUCAAGGAGAUAGGCUACCCGUGGGUUGACUGUACUGACUCACCGGUAUUUAAAACGUUUCUGCGUGGUUGA